GGCGGGCACCUCUCCUCUCCCUCCUAUGUCGGACGAGAGCGUUCCAACGAUGCCGACGCCACGAGUCGCCUCUCCUUCCACUGAUGCAAACGCCGAUGCCCAUCUCACCGCCGCUUUAGAAGAAAAUGCGAACGCGAAUACCCACCUGGUGGGAGGACACCCGGCCUACGCCAAGGGCACGGCGAGCAAUAUGGCCAGUCGGUGGGAGAGGAUGGGUGGGGCGAUUCAACAUCAACAGUCGCAGCCCAAGGCGCAGAGGAGUGGUACGGCGCUGCGUAAUGGGUAUGGUUCAGCGGGGACAGGGGGUCAGACGGGAGCGAGAAGUGGGACAGGGACAGGCUUGCAAGCGCCCAUCGCUUUGCCCGGACUGGCGAAGGGGAACAAGCCUGCAUGGGGAGCGCGUGACGGGACGGAUGACAACGAUGGCGAGAAGCUCGAGCCUGCAUUGUCAGCCUCGCCAGCACAAGCGCUGCCCCCUGCUCCGCUCAAACCAUGGGAGCGUGAAGCCCUCGAGCGUGAAGCCGCUCUUGCCCGAUUCGUCUCUGCUGGUCGAUCCGACUCUCCCUCACCACCACCUCUCCAGCCCAGUGUCGCCUCUCCACCCUCAAGGCUGCGCCACGCCGACGACGUCAUCAAAUCCGUCUCCAGCUCCUCCUCGCCCACACCUACACCUACCCCAGGCGGAGGCGCAGGAGCGGAGCAGAGCCCCGAGCAGACGGCCGCUGCACGCUAUCGUAGUGUCGCGAGCCUCAUCGAUCGAUGGCAGGCCAAUGCGGGAGGAGCGGAUGGCGAGCAGAAGACUCAACAUCAUCAGAGAGGCAGGGAAAAGGGGUGGGGAGAGAUCGGUAGUCGUGCGGCGGGUACGGCGGCGGCGGCGGCGGGGGGCGCGGCUGCUCAACGACUACCGGGACGGGAUGUUUGAACGUGACGUUGAGAUGAGGAAAUGCAUGCACGACCCGCCAAUCUAUCCAAUCCUUCUGUGUCCUUCAAAUUCCCAUCCAUCCGGCAUUGGGCCAUGUUUCCCCUCGCCUUUUUGCGAGUCGCGGCGUCGCGGCUACGUCAUCCUGUCAGAUUCUUGUAAAGUACGUCAUCGUAUUGACACUCUCCCCUCGAUACCUCCAUGCCGGCACACCACCUACUCUUGACUCCCAUCUAGUGUCCCCCCUUCUUGACCUUGAUCGUGUCCCAAGCGGAUCGCUCCGCCUCCUCGUCGCUGAUCUCCUUGAUGUAGGGCGUGAGGUAGCGGUCACCUCCUCCUUGGUGACCCACUUGUCCUUGGGCAGGUCGCGAUGCAGGAUCGACUGCUGGACCGCUUGGCGCAAGCGGAAGGCACGGUCGUAUGACUCGCGCUCGCCCAUACGGGAGAUUGCCUGGUGCGAGGACGAAGGGGGAAGGGUCAGCGAUCCGCCCGCGGUGACAGAGAGAGGAGUAGGUCGAAGUUGCCCUGCUGAGGGAACCGUCUGUCCCAAG